AUGCUCCGGAUAAUUGUGUUCUGUUGUCUAUUUUUAUCAACCGCCGCUGACCUCGACUUUACGCUACAAUGCCAGAAAGGUUAUCGUGUUACAGGGAUAAGGAGGUUGAAAAAUGCUUAUAGCCCGCUGGGCUCGUUAUCCAUCGAAUGUGAGCUUAUUUCCGAGCCAUCGUUGACAAACUGUGAGACGCCAACGAAAUCACCGCAGUGCAACGGCGCGCUGGAGGGGUGCACUGGCAAUACAUGGCUCGGCGGCUUCCGCGCUUAUAUGGUCGAGAAUUCGACGACGGCCACAAUCCUCGAUCCGGUGUGCUGCUCGGCGCCGGGUGUUGUUGUGCAACCGGAAACCUGCAUUAACGAUCAUAUCAAUGGCCCAAAGAAACCCUUUUCGCAUUCGAUCGUCAGCGAUCUGAUGUAUCGCGGGUUGCAAUGCUGGCAUCAAUAUGAUGCCGAAAGUCGCCUCGUCGAUUUGGUGUGGAAGGCCGAGAUUUGUGCGUAUACCGGCCAGAAGCAGUCGACUCAGGGUCAAGCAGAAUGCCCGGAAUGCCGGUGUGAAUGCGGGAUUCGGCAGUGUGGCGAUGGGAAAGAGCCGGUUCGGGUUGUUCACAAAAAUUUUAGCCGACUGCCCGGUUCGGGGAAAUGCUCGUGCGACUGUCUGUGCACCUACAAAUGCCUGCAA